CAGGGGUCGGAGCAGGGAUGCAGGCAGUACCGCUCUGCGCCAGCGGAGAGCAGCGAGGGCAGGGCGUCCGGGAGCUGCGCUGCAGCCUGGUCACCAUCCAACCAGCCCAAACACCCGGGACCUGCCGCAAAACGGACCCGAUUCUCUGAUUUGGACUGCGAGGGCAUCACAACGGAUGUAAGACUGUGGACGCAUGGACUUGGUGGCGGGGGGAGGUGGGGGGGGAAAUACCAAGAAACAGAUUUGGAUGGUGUCUUCAAAAAGAAUGUAAGAGAGAAAACCACUAUUCUGCCUCUCCGCAGUUGCUGAGAAUUAGUGGUUUACUGUUUUAUUAAUGCACAAAUGGUGAGUGGAUGCAGUGAAAGCAGCGCUCCUCAGGGUGAAUCAUCACCUAAACAAACUACUUAAAUUUGAAAGAAAAGUCAUCCGUUUGCUUAGUGUUUGUAUUUGCGCACAGUAAACAUUUGCAGUUACAUUAUGUCUUUCCUAUCCGUGUCCCCUCAAGCAUCACGGCAUCAUUAUUCACAAUGCAGUUAUAUUGGGUGGCAAUGAAGAAAAUGUUUUAAAACUGGCCAAAGAUGAUCAUAGGAUUCAGAUGGCUGUGUUUUCAGCUCUCAGUUAUAGGCAGAGGGAAGCAGUCUGUCUGUUCCCAAAUAUGAGCUUUAUUACAGCAGCAAGCAAAGCUGAUUGUGGUCUUAAUCACCAUGAGAAAAUGCCUCUGUAGAGAAGGGGAUGUGGGCUGUAAGCUGGCUUUAUAUGUAAUUGCUGUGUCCCUGCAUAAAACAUGAGUUUUAAGCAGCCGUGUGGAUGCCAUCAGACUGGGAAUGUCUGCAGUGCUCUCACAGGACAGUCUGUUCAGCAUGAGACCUCCUGGUUCACAAAAGCAGCUGUGAAGGGUAAGGGCAAAUUCACUGGGCAAGAACACAAGAAACAGAUGCAGAGCUAGCAGUGCCAGCCUGCAAAUCAUGCCUUCAUGUAUUCGCACAACACAUGCCCAUUUGCAUGGAAGCACUCUGUUUGCUAAAGUCAGAUUACUUGUGAUAUAUAGGGCGCUCACUCACACCUAGCAUGAAAAGCCCACAGUAGAAUGAUAGUAGAAUCAUCUCAAAUCCUACGGCCUUAUAAAAGUUAUAAAAUAAAUACAUUAUCAAACUUGAACUAGAGUAAAACUGCCAAAUAAAAGGAAGUGUAUGUCAGGGAAUAAGACAGGCCUUUUAGUGGGGUUAAGGCUCCAUUGCGGCUCAGCUGAGCACAACUUGAGGAGCUGAAAAGAGGUAGAAGCAGCCCUUGAGUAGGUAAAUACCUUACCUAGAUUGUUGCAAAGGAGUAGGUUAGGUCACUUAGACAAUCACUGUCAGAGGUGUUAGCAAAAAUGAUUUUAAUAUAAAAUUUUAAAAAUAUGACUUCCCAAAGUCUGAUGGCAAGAUCCAUUCUAUUACUCACUACAUGGAUGAAACAUAGAAGGGCACAUUGAAUUAGAACAAAUUUAGAAUUAUUUACACCAGAGACACAAAAGGGUUAUGGGGACCCUUCCACUGAUUAAUGAAAUUCAGAAUGGACCCCUUAUAUUCUAAACUGCUGAUGUAACACAGCUAUUAUUAAGUCCAGUCUUAGUCUCAGACUUCAAAAAGGGUUUGCAUCUAAAGCAUGCCAAGUGCAUACAUUACAAAGGGAAAUAAAAAUAACGCCCUUGCUAGGGAAAGUAUUAGUCAAGCAGCCUAUAGGCAGCAUACAGGUAGAUGUAGAGGGGCCCCUUUUGGUCCAGCACAGAAGCACUAGUGAUGCCAAGAUGAUUUUUUGCCUUUUCUUUUAUAUAGCUUUUAUAUAACUUCUGUAUAUCCUCAGUAUUCUUAGCAUGCAUGCUUGUAAUUCCUCAAGUCUGAUAACUCAGCAUAGUUCUGGUAUUCUGUUAGGCCAAGAGACCAAACAUCAUAAAGGCCUCAUGGUAGAAGGCUGGAAAACGCUACAUUGUCUUGGGAAACCAAGCUGCUCUCUAUAACAUAUCCUGUAAACUAGAGAUUCAGCCCAUCCAGGGGGGAAUUCCACAGAUGAGGGAAUAUCAUGCCAUCCAUCCAGGCCUCCCAUUGGGGCACCCCUGCUAGAUAUGCUAAUUUGUGAGGUCUAUAAAUUGUAUACACCAUCUGUCAUGGAGAUCCAUUGUGGUGCAUUCCACCCACCAUAAGGAUCCUUAUUAAAUACUGAGGUAAAACCCCUUUAUCCCUUAACCGUGUCUGGCUCUCAAUUUUUUUAAGACCAGGAAAAGGCAUCACUAGGAACCCUUAUAAAAGAUGGUUUUAAGAUGUCUGUGAUGAAGACACUUGAUGCAUGAAAUAUAUGGAUGUGACCAAAUGUGCCCAAGGAUAACUGGAAGGCAGUGUUGGAGGGUGGGCACAUCUGAGGAAUGAGUAGCUGCAGGACUAGAAAGGGGAUAGAAAUUUUAGAGUAGUAGCAAUUAAUAUAUGGUGCCUCAACCAUGUGCUAGCAAAUAAAGUGCUCAUCAGCAAGAAAUUCCUCAUCAACUGCUGUCAUAGCUAUUCUCAAGCACAUCUAAGCUGUCAGGAAAGACACUCUUGGGAAGGUGGUUGUGCUCCUUCCUCUCUCCCACUGACCAGCAGCAUUAGCCUUGUGUUGUACAGAACACACAGGCUUCAAGUUUGCCUGAGAGGUCAGAAUUACACAUUGCAUCUGAGGCAGCUUUGUACUUCCCUGCUCUGUCAGCCAAGGCGGUGUGAGCACUGGGCAGGGGGAGGGUGUACAGCUGCAGGGGGAGUACCUGAGAGACAGAUCCUGCUUUGCUGCUGACUGCCUGCAGAACAUAGAAGAGCUAGAGAUUCAUCAACCCAGCUGGGAUUUAUUAGCUCCCAGGGCCAUAUCCACAGGUGCCAACUACAAGCCCAAAUUACUACAAUCUAUAUGUCAGUUCCUUUGUCUAGUUUGCUGGUGAUCACUCUAGAGAGAGCCACUAAUUUUUUUGCUUCAAGUAGAGGAACAUGAGAAGGUAUGUGCCCCUGGCAAGGAACCUGUGAAUAUUUCAGGUUGGAGAGGGAAGCAGCAGGUUUAGAUCGUCUCUGACAACAUACAGAAGACUUUCAAGACCAGGAACAUGUCAAAGGAGAGACCAUGAGGAGUUUGCAUAUAACUCCUUAUCUAGGCAGUAAUGGGGUGCGAACAGCAGGGGUGCUCUCCUAGUUAUGUUAUCCCUUCAGCUUAACUUAAAGUUUUGCCACACUUCAGACCUAUUUAACUUUCUCUCCCUAUAGCUAUCUAGUCACAUGCUUAAGUGGCACCCUUAAAACACAAUUGGCAUGUUCCAUGGGAGAAAUGAAGCAAGUAAUCAUAGCCCACAGCCUGAUACUUGUGUUAACAGGCAUCAAAAUGUUAAAUUCCUAGCAAAGACACUUCAUUUAUGACUCUCUAAUCUUUUUAGACAGAUUAUUUGCUAUUGUUUUAUUGCUGGCCAGCUCACACAGGGAAGAAUGAGGGUACCCUUCAUGCCUUGAUAGAGUAUGUGUGCAUACAGCUUUCAUCCAGAAGGCGAUCUGUUGCACCUUGUCAAAGAUAUUUUUGGGCACAACACAGUUUAGCAGCCUCUAGGCCCAUCACUAUACUUCGGUUGUUAUCAUGCUUGAGCAACCAACCUAUUUCUGAAUGUAGCUCUGUAAUAAAGAGCCUUCAAAGUUUCUCCUUUUUUGUUAAGGCUACUCCAGCUGCACGAAGUGGAGCAUGGAAGAGGGAUUUGUCUUGUCAGACUCGUCCAAGAAAUUUAGGAGGCUUUAGAAAAGAAAGUGGCUUCAGCAAUUCCUGUAUCCUAGGAGAAAAGACAUUCUGGAAAGUGAGUAGGGAGCCGAGAGCAAAAAGAGGAUGCUCUGUAUACUAAAAAGGAGUCCACAAAUCAAUAUCUAGGCUUUUCAAAUUAGUUUUAAACUUUAGCAUCUAUUCACCCUCCCUGUAAUCACACUAAGUCUUCCAUGAGACCAUAAGACUUCUGCUGAGAUGUUCAAGUUCUGCACAGAAGUCAAAUGUUGUGGUUCCAGACUGCCUACAGAAUCAGAAGGAAUUACAGGGUGAUGUAAAAAUGCAAAAGUCAUUAAAAUCCUGCCUGUCUCUGAAACUGGUAGGAGGAGGUUGGAUUUAGCCAAAAUGCUCUUUUGGCUAAGCUAAGUCAUCGGAGGAAGGUUAACAUUAUCACUUCCACUGAAGAGUUGCCCAAAAAGACAUACAUACUCACGUGCUCUUGUGUAGUGUGCAUCUUUUGUGGGUACAGCAGACUGGUAUAUUUGAAUACGUUCGAGAGUAGGAAUGAAACAGUGAGAAGCCCCUGCACGUGGUUAGCAAGGAUCCUUGCCAAAGAUAGAUAUGGAAAUGUAAAUUGUUUUCUUGGGAGCUUGGGACCUCUUGGAAAGUUAAUUCUCUUUCAGUCUGUGAGAUGGCACAAACUCUAAUUGCUGUCCAGUGCUCAGCUACAUUUCCCUCUAGACAACAACUGACCGUAGCAAUAUUUCUUUGGAGCAGGUGUAUGCUCACAUGUAGCAUGAAUUGCUGUAGGACUUCCCAGCUCCAGCCUGGACAUCCUUGAAAACUUUCACCAAAGCAAGGAUUGAUGGAAGACUCAUAACAGGUGUUUCACAAAUCUGUCGUUUUGGAAGUUUUGACAUGCUGAUACACUGCAGCUAAUUUUAAUUUACUUUAUUGAUAAUAUCUUCAAAUAAUAUUUCUCCAUGUUAAAAUCCAAGCCUUUUGUGAUUAAACCUAUUUGAUAACAACAUUGCCUCAGAAGUGGGAAGGUAAAACAAUCUGGGAAUGAAACAUUGUAUAGGGCUCUUGGAGGCUGACAUCUGAAUGUACUUAGUGGAGAGGAAACCUUUUUUUACUUUCAUUUCUUGCUUCUUUUAUCCUUAAGCUCAGUAAUAAACUAGCACUCUAUGGUUAAAAAGUCAGGAGAGCAGAUGUAUGGUACAAGUGUAUCAGGAUCUGUACUUCAGAUACGGGGUGUAAAUCAUAAGGAAGUCCUUCCAAGAAGCUUUGAGAGUAUCUAGCUAGCUUUCAUUGCAAUUAUAUUGCAACAGUAAAGAUUAUUAUUAUUAUUAUUAUUAUUAUUAUUAUUAUUAUUAUUAUUAUUAUUAUUCCAGCCACUUGAUUGCACUGAAGUAAACACUUCAGUCAAAGUUCAUUCAGAGUUCACUAUUCAGUUUAUUGCUUUCAAGGUGAGACCUGAAGAAAUUUCAUUGAGCACUGCGCACGUUCCUGUCAGCUCUAAGCCAUGCUUCUUAUCAGGGCAUGGCUGGACUCUGCUAACUCUGCAAAGCAUUUGAGGGCAUGAAGCAUCAUGCAAUAAAUGUUGAGGAUUUUGGUGUUAGCAGCCACAUGCUCUUUUCAUUUUACAUGGCUGAUUUCUUAUUCCUGGUUUGUCCUUCACUUUUUUUAGGUACAUGUCCCUUUUGAGAGGGAACAUGUCUAGUGAUUACAGCAUGUGGAAGCUUGUUCUUAUUACAUUUAGUUAAGGUUACCUUGCCACAGAGGGUGUGGAUUAGCAGUGAAAUGAGAAAGUUGAAAUGUUGGGUGUCUGAAUGUGGCUCUGCCCCCAGGUGUGGUGCUGUGCAGACUGUGAGACCAACCUCCACACCUCAUUGAAGCCUCUGGGUAGGUGUUCCUGAUGCCAGCUGAGAACAACUUAUGCAGGAAGAAGUAGCCCUCAGGCUGAUGGCAAGCAGACACUGUCAGAGCAGCUGCUGACUCACCCUUUCCUCUCCCUUUAUCCCUUGGAUAAAGCCAAGGCUUCUGACACCAGAGCAUUACCCCAUCAAAUCGUCCUUGUUUGUGGAGUGCUCUUCUCGCACCUUUCAGGUGAGGGUUGGAAAGAAAAGUUUCAGCAGCAGCUUUGGUGGGAACCAAACUGAGCACUCAGGUCACUUCAGACCCUCUGGAAACUCUUGCCUUUUUUUCCAAAAUCCCCAUAGCAAAAAGCCAAAGGAUCAGCCACAAACUCACCGUGGAGUUGUCUGAAGCAGAGUCAGGAAUCCUGCUUGUAUGGGAUGUUGUCCUGCAGUCUGUGAAAACCAGGCUGAAAUAUAGAAGCCAUUCCUUUGUUGUCUAAGCCAGGUUUUACACAAUAUACACAGAUUUGGAAUGACUAGCAAUAGAUCACCAGAUGUUGACCCUGGGUGGCUCUCUAGGAUGCAACCCUUCUCCUAGAAAAGCUUUUCUUAAGAAAAUUCAGCACAUCUUGAUGCUCUCAUGCAUUAUCAUACUAGAUCUUCUCUGUCUUCAGAGACAUUUGAAGACAUUUGAACUCUUCAGCUGGCAGAGACCAAAGGACAGCAUUGCCAGCUCUGCCCUUUUCUUAGGAGCAGAUGGCCUGUAUUUACUUCUCAGUUAGACAGUAAGUCUAACUAGUGUGGUAGAUAGGGACAGGCGAACGGAAGAUCACGGGAUGUGACGGAAAGACAGACCCUUCCCCCUCUCCCUGCCCCACGUUACCUAUUAACCCCAGAAGCAUGUAACCACACCUGCUCCAGUAAUUUUCCACUCCCGACUAACCCCUGAGACCCCACAAUCCCCCUCUGACGUAACAAAGACCCCCGAGACUAUUUAAACCCACGAGAUGAGAUAAUAAAGGCUUUUCGACCGUCUGCCACAUUGGUGUCUGCGUGCGUCGAUUAGCCCGAGUAGCCUGGGCGAGACCGGGCUGCCGUGCUGCCCCCUGAACCAGGUCGCCAGUUGUCCUUUGUGAGGCAACAUAUCUGGUGCCGAAACCCGGGAAAAAUUCGCCCAGCUGACGGGAUACGCCUGGACAGGAGCAGCGGCCGGAGCGGUCAGACCGUAUCUUGGCGCAGGGAGACGUCCCGGGACCCGCGGUCGUCAUGGACGCUAUCGCCAGGGUCGUAAGUGCGAUUCAUAAGCAGUGGGGUAUUGGGUGUAGGCUCAAGGAUUUUUAUCUUGCUAUAGCGAGGCUGCUUGAGCUUGGGGCGAUUGAGCGUCCUGUGGAUGUAUUACAUCUGGAAAUAUGGGGAAAAUGCACUGCCGCGCUAGCCGAGGACACAAAAUCCUCAGGCAGUGGCAAAAACCUUAAGGCAUGGGGCAAGGUAGAGAAAGCCCCGCACAGAGCAAUAGAAGAGCAGGAGACAUGGAGCGCGGCGCGUACCUGUUUAUUAGUUACUCCCAAGCUCGGGGUGGGAGCGGGAACGCAAACUGCCCCUGAGAACGAUCUGCCCGGCAGCGGGGACCCGGGAGGGCUCGGCGCGUCACCCCCUUCCCCGGAUCAGAGCCCAGUCCCUGCCGCAGAAAUUCCCCGAGAAAUCGCGGCUUCCCCGCCCAUCCCGCCGCCGCUGCCGGUCCGCAAUCCGUUGUUAGAAGUGCAGCAGGGCGCGGAACGUUUUUGGCAAGGGCUGGCGAAAGAAGCCAGAGACGCAGAAACCGCGGCUCGAGAAAACACCCUGGCCAUGCCGCCUCCUUACCCCCUUGAAAAUGGCGCCGGUCGCCGUGGGGAGGGGCGGGGCGCGGGUAAUCUCGGCGCGAAAACCUGGGAGCCGCGCGAUUUCAGGAAUGCGUAUGCGCAGGAGAAAGAGGCGGAGAGCGGCAGAGAGCGCGGAGCCAAUCAGCAGCCACGCCGGGCGCUGCCACCAUAUAAGGGAGAAACCACCCCCUGCGGGAGGCGUGGCGAGCCCGGGGGGCGGGAGCGGCGCCACCCCCAAGGGGAGGAGCGAGCUCAGAGCCGAACAAAAAGGCACCGAGCCCCGGAAGUACGCUGGCACUCGACUUCCGGCUCGGAGUCCAGCAGCAGCUCCGCCAGCUCGGAGGAGCUGACGGAAGCCGGCUAUGACUCCGAAACGGAAGAAACGGAACCAGCGCAGUUUAAAACAAAACCGAGUAGAGUUCUAAGCUGCACCGAAAAACAACUACAAUACGAACCAGCCCAGUUUACCGACUGGGGGAAAAUAAAAAUAGCCUGUGCUGAAUGGUCCCCAGCGGCUGCCAUACAAGUCUUUCCGGUGAGGCUCGCCGAUCCGGAGGGGAACCAACAAAGGGUAUAUACCCCGAUAAACCCAAAGGACGUCCAGUCAAUUGUCAAAGCCAUCGCGGAAAAAGGGAUCAAUUCGGCCAUAGUCUCCACAUUAAUCGAUGGUCUUUUUAGCAACGAUGACCUGCUUCCCUUUGAUAUCGAACGAAUAGGGCGCAUGAUACUUGGUGGUGCGGGAAUGAUCGUGUUUAGGCAGGAAUAGGAGGAUAAUUGUAGGAAGCAGUUAGCCCAAGCAUCUGGCGCGAGGCAGCCACUACACAGAUCGAGCUUAUCCAGACUGAUAGGAAAGCAUGAUGAUAUGAUCACGCCGCAACAACAAGCUGCACAGAUGCAUGCUGAGGAGGUCAGGGCGACCACUCGGGCUGCCAGGGAGGCUAUUCGCUCAGCCUCUCGAGUCGUGGCUAAGCAGCGCCGUGGUCCACUGUGAGGCAGGCAGAAAGCGAAAGCUUCACGCAGUUUGUGGAUCACCUGCAGGCAGCCAUAGACUCCUCCACCCUGCCGGCAGAGGCAAAGGGCCCCGUGGUAGCCGACUGCCUGCGCCAGCAAUGCAACUCUAUUACCAAGGAUAUUUUACGCUCCCUGCCAGCCGGAGCUAGCCUGGCUGACAUGAUCAGACACGUAGUGAAGGAAGAGCACCUGACACCCAUUCAGGCAGCUGUCCACACCCUGACCAAUGCCAUGGCGUGUUUCAAGUGCGGUGAGGCGGGUCACAUCGCGGUGAGCUGCCCCCAGCCGGCACGGCGGCCCGCCGCAGCGCCUCCACCUCAAACACGCCCGCGGGGAUCCUGUUGGGGUUGCGGGAGGAAAGGGCAUCUCGCUAGGGAAUGCAGGUCCCGGCCCCAGGGAAACAAGAAAGGGAGGGGGCCUGCGGGCCGCACCCAGCCUCCUCCCGCUGCGAAUAUGGGCGGCCCAUCCAUGCCAACCCCCAAUGGGGCGGGGAGCCCUCAUACCCCAUACCCCACAGGAAGCAGCCAGCUUCAUACCCCCACCACCGAGUCUCACGACACAGCCUGUGGCGCCUUUGUACCCACCGCCACCGCAAGCGGCGCCUGUGCCGCGGGGUCAGCAGGGGGCACACCAGGACGGGAACCCUGGGUGGCCCUGGCCAUGAAAAUAGGGAAGG